AUGAUAUCUAAGAGAAAAUUGUCAUCGCUGGAAAGAUUCUUCUACGAUAGAAGCCGGUUGAAUUUGCAUUCAUGUUUCUUUCUGGGGCUCCAACUUAAUCAACUUCCAGACAAGCAUCAGAUAGCGCAUGCAUUGAGGUCCACAAUAGCAAAUCAUCCCAAACUUCAUCAAAAUGUGGCCAUUGAUCCCGAGGAUAAUAUACCAUACAUCAAAAAUGUUGAUACAAUAAAGUUUGAUGAUGUGGUCGAGUAUGUGUCGUGGGAUGGUUUCGAUGAUAAUACCAUUUGUCAUAUAUUUCAGACAUACAACUUCCCAUAUAAUAUUGAGAAGCCGUUAUGGAAGGUAUUGGUCUAUGCAAAGGAGAAUAGACUGUUGCUUUUACUGGACCAUGCCCUUUUCGAUGGGAUGUCCGCCGUAAUAUUUUGGAAAUCGUUUAUGAGUUCUUUAUCAAGUGAUGCUAGAGAUGACUUUGAUUUGCUCUACGAACUUACGGGAGAUCCAAUGGUCCAGGAGGAUAGCCACGUAUACGAAAACUGGCCUACUAGUUGGAGCUCGACACUGACAAAAGCUAUUGCGGGUGUCAUAUUCAAGUUCAUGCCCAGUGUCAUCACAUCGGUAGGCAAAGAUCAACUUAGAUUCAAUGGAUAUUCAUUUCCAGACAGCCUGCUUACUCACAAGCCCGAUGACGACUCUUCAUAUGAAAUACGAAACAAUAAUCGCCAACUGAACCUCCAAGUACAACCUGAUCAUCUAAAUGGCAUUAUAUCCGCAUGCAAGAGCCAUCAGGUGUCAUUGACUUCCUUCAUAACCGCACUAAUCUCUAUGAGUCUUCAGCUGAAGAUUGAAGAUGGAGAUUACUCUGGUUCCAAAAUUAUGAUCGAUAUCCCUAUGAAUACUAGAGGUGCCUGUGCUGAUGUACUAGACAUUCCAGAUACCUCGGUGACCAUGGGAAAUUUUGUAGCCGGUUUAAAUGUGGAGUAUAAUCUGGGUGAGUCUGAAGAACUCUGGCAAAUUGCAAGGACCGUUCAAGCAGCACUAAAUAAGCAGACAAAGACGGACAUCUUGGAGACGGUCAAUAAGGUGAGACUACUAGAUGUUGCGGACACUACAGAAUUUAUCCGGCAGAAGGUCAAGGCCACUGGACCAAGUGGAACAUUUGAAGUGACCAACCUGGGAUUCCAGGAAUUCGCAGACGCUCAAUCAAACCAUGGUUAUCUUGUUGAGGAUGCUGUAUUUAAUGAGCCGCAAGGUCUUUCUGAUAUCUUUACAUGUUGCAUUAUAUCAACCCCAAGAGGGGGUCUCAACUGUAGCAUCAGUUAUCCCAGAGCUCUUGAGUCUUGUCUCAAACCAUGCUUUGACUAUUCCAGAGAUUAUCUCGAGCAAGAAUUGUACCAAGACAAGCAUACAUAG